UAUUACUCACGACCUUUUUUUCCAUUUCUUUACCCAUUUUGAUAUGAGAUUAACAGUAUGACUAUUUGUUUCAGGUAAUACCGGUCUGCAUUUACGGAAGAGAUUUGUCUUAUCAAUGUGGCUUGAUUUUGAUGAAAGAGCUAAACAAAUAACUGUUGCACAAACAAAAUUACGUCGAGAGCAACUAGAAGAAUUACGUGCACAAUUAAAUGCAUUUGUAUUCGGUUUUGAUGAAGGCAUUAUCGCUGAUGAUAUUGUGUUGGCAUCAGCUAUUUAUAGACAUUUAUGUUCAUUUGAACAAUUACCAUUGGACAGAAUGAUAACAAUGGUAAAAUAUAUUCGAAAAAACGUUAAACAUUUAGAAUUGUUACCGGAUGAAAAUUUUCUUGAAAAUGGCUUUGUCUAUUUUUUGCCAGUUGAUACGGAUAUUAUCGAUAAAGAGAAAGUGAAUCAGCACUUUUACGAUUUUCAAGCCACACGUGUUUAG